AUGGGUGUUCCCGAGCUCAUCAACAACCUCAACCGCGCCGUCGCCACGUCGCCGGUCGGCUACUACUUCCGCCUCGAUGGGUCUGGCCACCCUCUGUCGCGCCCUGGCUCGCGCUUCCUCACCGAGCUGCGUGCCGGUCUCGUAACCUUCGCCGCGAUGGCCUACAUUCUCUCGGUCAACGCCAGCAUUCUCAGCUCGUCCGGUGGUCCGUGUGAGUGUGCCAACACCGCCGACGACCCCGUGUGCGCCAAGGACGCCGCCUACCAGCAGUGCACCGCCGUCCUCAACCGCGACUACGUCUUUGCCACCGCCAUCUCCGCUUGCGUCGGCACCCUCCUCAUGGCGCUCUUUGCCAACAUGCCCCUCGGCCUUGCUCCUGGUCUCGGUGUCAACGCCUACUUCGCCUUCACCAUCGUCGGAACCGCCGGCACCGGUAUCAUCCCUUACAGCCAGGCGCUCUCCGCCGUCUGGCUCGAGGGCUGGAUCUUCUUUAUCCUCUCGCUCUUCGGUAUCCGUCAGUGGCUCGCCCGCCUGCUGCCCCACAGCAUCAAGCUCAGCACGGGUGCUGGUAUCGGUAUCUUCCUGGCCUUCAUCGGUCUCGGUCCCAACGGUCUCGGUGUCAUCGGCGGCAACGCCUCGGACCUCAUCGGUCUGGCCGGCUGCCCUGCUCAGUACGAGGACCCCGACACUGGCUUCUGUCUGAGCCACAAGCUCCAGGCACCCACCGUGUGGCUCGGUGUGAUGCUCGGCGGUAUCUUCACCGCCCUCAUGCUGCUGUACCGCGUCAAGGGCGCCUUCCUUAUCGGCAUCCUGCUCGUCUCGAUCGUCUCGUGGCCGCGCAACACCUCGGUCACCCUCUUCCCGCACACCCCCUCGGGCGACGAUGCCUUCAACUACUUUAAGCAGGUGGCCAACUGGAACGGCCUUGGUCUGCUCGGUCCCAAGAACAUCGACUGGUCCGGCUACAGCAACGGCAAGGUGUGGUACGCUCUCAUCUCGUUCCUCUACAUCGACCUGCUCGACACCACCGGUACCCUGUACGCCAUGGCCAGCCACGCCGGUCUCAUGGAUGCGCGAACCGGUGACUUUGAAGGCUCCUCCGCCGCCUACCUUUCCGACGCCGUGGCCAUCUCGAUCGGCUCGCUCGUCGGCUGCUCGCCCAACACCGCCUUUGUCGAGUCCGCCUCGGGUAUCGCCGAGGGUGGCCGCACCGGUCUCACAGGUCUCGUCGUGGCGUUCAUGUUCUUCCUCUCGCUCUUCUUUGCGCCCAUCUUCGCCUCGUUCCCCUCGUGGGCUACCGGCUCGACGCUGGUCAUCGUCGGUUCCAUGAUGGCUUCCAACACGGCGCAGGUCAACUGGUCGUACGUCGGCGAUGCUAUUCCCGCCUUUGUUACGAUUGUCGGCAUCCCGCUGUUCUUCAACAUUGCGUACGGUCUGAUUGCGGGUAUUUGCUGCUACAUUGCGCUCAACGCCAUCCCCUGGGCGCUGGUCAAGCUGUCCAAGGGCAGGAUCGUGCCCGAUGGCUGGGACACGAUGAAGGAGCCUUGGGGCGCCAGGAUGGUGUCGGCCAACGACGACUCGACCGGCAUCUGGGCAGUUCUGCCGCCGUGGAUGCGCAAGGUGAUGAGCGGCAACUACAAGUUCUGGCAGAUGACCGAGGACGAGAUCGAGUUCUACCUCGAGGGCAGGCGCGAGACCCAGCGUCUCGCCCAGGAGCGACAGGACCAGAUCGAGAACGAGCGAAACGCAAUGUAUGGCGCCGACGACGUCGAGGCGCGCGCCUCCACUUCGUCCGCCGAGCAUGCGGAUGAGAAGCACUCGACUGGAAGUCCCGCCUUCUCCCCCGUCGAAGUCCCUGCUCGCCUCCCCAACGACGCAGAGGUUCACCACGUCACCGGCACCGCUCGCUAG